GCUACUUUGUUUUUAACAGAAACAUGGCGGCCUCCAAGCCGAGCGCAGAUGCCAGCUCGAACAUCCCUGAUUAUGAAUACGCAGAAGUCAACACCAAACCGUUUCAUAUCGGCUCCUUCAGAAACGAAUGGCUUAAGAGACUCAAGCCGGGCGACUUUUCCUUCCAGCUGGAGGACGAGGAGACAUUUGACGCUAACUUUGCCAGAGAGCUGCGGGUCGAUGCAGAGACCAUGGCUGAGAUCAAAUCCAUCUGCAGGUACACACACCAGCCCGUAUUCAUCAGCUCAUCUUAACUCACAGUUUGAAAGUUUUCAAACAGAAAACGAGAGCUGCAUUCAGUUUAAAUGUCUCUCCAGACAGACUCAGAGAAAAUAUAUGUAUUUUUAAUUAGUUACUGUUAGAUUAAAGCUAACGUAAUUUGCCAACAAAAUAGUUUGACAAACAACAAUAGAAUAAGACCUGCACUAAGUACCCUUUUUAUAUAUACUUGAGGAUACUACACUAAAAAAAUACACCCAACUACAUUUUUUUGUAUUUCACAUUCAGUGGAUGUAAAAAUCAGAAUCAGAAACAUCUUAAAAGAGUAGUGAACAAGUUCUCAAGAAGAUAGAUAAAUAAAAUUAGUUAAGAACUGCCCUGCUUCUCUUACAGCUGUUAUGCAUCACAUUAGGGCUGGGUGAUAAAACUAUAAUGAUAUAUAUCCAAAAUUAAUUUCCCUCAAUAUGAAUAUAAAACAUGGUCAACAUGCCUUUCGAUAGUCUGCAUUCUGCCAUGUUUUGGUAGACUAUACGUAUAGCCAAUGAAAAGGGCAGUUGCUACAGGUUCGUUUUGCGCUGAACCAAUCGUGUGCUUAAUUAGAACCAAGUAGAAAACAACUGCAUAGAAGCAGGCAGCAGCAACACGCAACCAUAGCACUUCAACACGUGAAGCCAACAGCGCUGUCGGUGGGAAAAAAAGAAAAUGAGUGCCAUUCCCGUCAGAAAUGCAGAUGAAGGCUCAACAGAUGACGACAUGGGCGACAACACUGGCACAAAAAUGUCAGCGGUGUUUGGUUUUUUUGAGGUCAGACAUGAUGCAGAGUAAUGUGCACUGCAAAUUAUGCCGAGUGCAUGUUUUCACAAAGUCGGGGAAUACCUCAGAUCUUUUUCACCACCUGAAGCAUGCGCAAUGCAAAAGGUUACAAACCCUGAGCGGAGCAAGGAGCCCAUGGCGCCUGUGCAGCAGAAGCAGCCGACCAUGCAGUCUGCUUUCUGUAGUGCAACGCCUUACAACAAAACGAAGACACACAAAGACCUCACAGAUGCAGUAGCUUAUUGUAUCGCAAAAGACAUGAUACCAAUAAGCACUGUUAAAUUUCAUUUUUUAUAUCUCAAUAUUGAUAUCGACUGAUAUGGAAAAAAUAUGUUGUGAUAAACUUUUUCCCAUAUCGCCCAGCCCUACAUCACAUACAGUUUUGCUAUACAGUAUAUCAAAGAAAAAUGGCAGACUUAAUGAGAACAGGGUUCAUUUUUAGUAUGUUUCUAACCUUUCACAUGACAUUUCCCUGUUUUCUUCCUUUCUUUCGUAGUCUUGAUUCACUGCGUUGCCACCCUGAGGACCAGCAGCCUGAUACAAACGUUGUCCCUGAUGAUCCAACCCUGAAAACACUGAUGUAAGACUUUUAAAAACCAGAUAUUUCCUCUCAUAUUGUAUCCUGGAUAAGGCAUGAAAAAAGUUAAAUUUCAAUACUGUGUGAUUAUUUUCUUACAGACAAAGAAAAAAGAGGCAAGAUUACAGAGCCACCCUAAAAACACCCAAGAACAGACAUGACCUCUUUACAGAUGAACUGGUGGGUCCACUGAAGGAUUGCUGGAAUUGUAGGCAUAAGUAAUGAUUCAAGCACCUCAGUUUCAAGCUGUUAUUCACUGCUGUCUGUUAUUUACAGGAGCGUGCUGCCAUUGGAAAAAAUCCUGAAACAGUGACUAACAUGAUCGCUGAAGGAGAGCUCCUUCUAACAGUCAAUGUCUACUACCCACCUGUUGUUGAGAAGGUGUCCUUUCGUCUACUUUAAGUCUGUACAUGUCAUCACCUUCUUUCAGCACGGGUGAAUUCUGACAUUUUUUCUUUUGACCCCCCACCCAAGUUUCAGUAUGUCCGACCUCACAUGACUCUGCUGAUGACCGGCUCCCACAGCCUGGCAGAGCUCAGGGAUGCCAUCUGCUGUGUCAGCGAUUUACAAGUGUGUGGAGAGUUCAGCAACACGCCAGACAUCGCUCCAGACUUCAUAAGCAAAGUAGGCUCAAGUGCUCUUCCCCAUCCAAGCACAGAUUUGUAGACCAAAUGGUAAAACUCAAAGGUAAUAUAUUUUUUAUAUUUUCUGUUUCAGGAUCACUUCAAGUCAGCGUUCUUUUUCUUUGAGGGGAUUUUCUACAAUGAUAUGCGAUACCCCGAGUGUCAGGACAUCAGCAUGUAAGCUUUCCUGAAAUUUCCUCCACCAAGGCGACAUCUAACUUUUGAUUCUGUUCUUCAUUGUCAUACUGGAAAGUUUGACAUAAGUGCAGAGUCAAGAGAGAUUUAAUGAUUUGGAAGAUCUUUGAAAUUAAGUUAAAGUUGAGGUUUACUGGUUUUCCAGUCAAAUGAGUUACAGCAUAAUUCUGUUUAAAAUCAGUAUGUUAUCUACAAUAUAACAUUAUUUCCCUAGAGAAAUAAUGUUCAUGAUUAUGUAAUUGAACUCUUUACCCCUUCUUAUAGACUUUCUUUGAGUUGUUUUUUUAUAAUCAGUGGUCUAUAGUGGGCAACCAGAGUGUGUGAGAAGAACGAGACUGUUCUUAAAAAUGUUCAAUAUAGUGAGACCUCGAUGUUUAGGGCCUUCCUCACAUCCAGUGUGCAAUAAGACAGUAUGUGUAAGCUUACACUUCAGGGCAGGCCAUGAAGUCUGUGGAUACAAGCCUGACAACCGCGAUCACACUAAGCAGUCACACGAUGCUGGUUAUGAACUCUGGGAAGGAAUAUAUGUCUUUUUUGAUGGAGCCAUGAGAACAUUCAGCAUUUAUGUGAAUCAGUGAAUGCUGGCCUUAGAUUAAUUUUUAAGGCAACAAGACUUUUCGAACCCUAUUCUCCUAGCUGUAAAGCAGGUAGUUUAUAAGAUCUUCUACACCUGCUACAAUCAUGGUGCCAUGAAAACACAUUAUGGUGCAGACAGGCUCAGUCUUUGAGAAGUUUGAGGCUAGUCUUAAACCACAAUAAUGACUAUAUUAGUUUUGUCUAAAUUUGAGUUGAACUGUGAGCACAGGGAUGAGAUAUAAAGAAAUAUAGAUGCACUUCAGAAACCAUAACGUGUGACUUGACAAGGUUUUGAAAGCUGCCAUGAAAAAUCAUGUCGCUAUCAUGAUAACUACCGUAUUUUUCGCACUAUAAGGCGCACUUAAAAUCCUUGUGGCUUGUCGGAGCACCGCAGCUACCGUAGCCUCGCAGAGUUAUUAAAUAAGUUCAAUAAAGUUUGACUUAUCUGACUGUUUUGUUUGGCUUAAUGCGCUUUAUAAUCCGGUGCGCCUAAUGUAUGAAAAUAGACGCAAAUAGAUGCGUUCAUUUAUGGUGUGCCUUAUAGUGCGAAAUACGGUAAUACUCAUACACUGUGCAGUCCAAACCCCUUGACAGAACUUUAAGACCUCAGGGGUCUUUGGGAACAGCUCCUCUGUUUAAGGGUCUUUUGGUGCCACAUACCCACCAUGCUGCCACAGAGCCAUCACCCAUGAUUCCUCUCUCUUUAACCCACAUCUAGUGCCCAGCAGGUUUCAGAAGGCCUUUGCAGUUCUCUGCCUCUGGCCAGAGUUAAAAAUCGUCUUAGAGCUCCUGUGGACAAAGCUGUAUCUCUAAUGUCUGUGCUGAUCUUGUAUGUAUGAUAUUUUCUGACAAAAAAAAAACUCCUCUUGCUGUUUUUAAUACCCAAAAAAAUCACCAAACUGUGAAUCUUUGCUGUGGAAAAGUUAGGAUAUUUUGACAAAGUGCCGUUUGAAACUUAUCUAACGCCAAUCUCCACCAAGGAGACAAUCUCUUUGCUUGAAUAACAAAUAUUAGUUUCCCGUUAAAUCUUUUCUCGGAACUUAGUGUCAGUAUUCUUGCCUGUUUGGAAAAACAGGAGGAGAGUUAUUUUUCUACGGACAAUCUUCUCAGAAUUUUGUGAUACUUAUCUCUUAGUUCGGUAAAAAGGAUCUCAUGAAAUUUUUUCCUCAAACAGUCUCUAAGGAGCACAGAGCCUUGUGUGAAUUGAGGAAGUUGCCAUUUCCAGUGACCCUUGGGUUCUUACUUUGAUAAGAAGUAAACCACCAUGGUACCUUUUAAAAGGCAAGGUUGUCCUCAAGGUCACCUCCAACCCUCAGUCCUGCAUAAUAAUACAGGCUGUAUGAGGGCUCUUUUUUGGUUCAGUGUUUAAUAAUCAAUAGAGACAAUGGAUGGGUCUGUGAGUACACUGUGGUGUUAUUUUUUAACACCAAAGAUAAAUUGUUGAUGAUAUAGUGAACAAAGACUUCUUGGUUUGAAAAGACUUUUAUUGACUCCUUGUGAUUCCUGUGCAGGUCACCACCAGGAUAUGAUCAACUCAGAUUAACCAUGCUUGUUAAAAGACCAAAAACAGUGGUUAGGGAAACACAUUAUGCUGUGAAAAACGUGUUCUGAGUUUUUGGAAACAGACUCAAGCUUGAGGCAAUAAAAUCUUAAAUUCAUCAAAAAGCUUUUUAAAAACCUUUUUUAAUAAUAGUUUUUUGUCUGACAGGACUACCAUUGAAUGGGCGAAGACCCACAACUUCCCGACUUUCAGCCAAGCCAAGAUGGAGGACACAAGGUUUGCCGAUCUGAAGGUGAAAGUUGGCUUCCCUUACCUGUACUGUCAUCAGGGAGACUGUGAACAUCUCGUCAUAAUCACAGACAUCAGGUUAGUGCUGUGAAGGAUCAGCAGCAGGUCAGCUCUUGUCAAGAAACACAGACUCUGACUUCUGGUAUUUUAGGUAUGAAUGUAAUUGUGAAGUCCAUUUCACACAUGCACCACUCUCUUGAAUUUAUGUUUUCUGGGAAGUGCAUGUGUGAAAGCAACACUGUCUGAAAUAGACUUUUACUCUGAGCGAGCAGUGAAGGGAUGAGACUGUUGAACUCAACUCAGAGCAUGCUCAGAUACCUUGAGAGACAAACCAGGCUUGCAGCUCCACUUUUUAACAGCUCUCCUCCCUCCAAUUUAAAAACACUGCUUUACUGUGAUGCGCAACAAGAUAGUAUGGAGCGAGCUGGAUUGUAAAAAAACCUACUCAAAUCAAGACGCCUGCAAAAGUGUUGCUGCUUGGAGCUCCUAGCUGCCUGUUUCACUUGUCCGCUCUUGUGAUUUUGGAAUAAGACUUUAAAGCGUUGCAGUGAUGCACACACUGAAAACACUCACCUGAGCGAAAGAGAAUCAGGCCCCAAGUUUAUUUGAAAUCGCAGGUCUUGGAUGUCCUGUAAAUGUCCAUGAACUGCCAGAUCAUGUGUGAACACACUUUCUAAAAUUAUCAUCUGAUUGCACCAGUGAGAUAUCAGAAAGACGCUCACAAAUUCUUAUUUUUUUCAGUUACAGUAAGAACUAAAAAAAGCCUGAAAGUCUGAAUGCAGAGUACCCUGGCCCGUCACACUUAGCUAGUACACAACUUAAUCUUAAAAAGUCCACCAUUUGAGUCUAAACUAUCUUUGACUUAAUUUAAUCUGACUUCCAAGUAUCACUUCACAGUCAUCUAAACGCUUGCAUUAGUACUACAGGAUUUUAAAUAAAGAACGUCCUUGUCAGACAGGCUCCGACCGCUCUCACAAGACCUAGUCGCCAGGUUUAAUUGCACCAGGAAAUGCGUAAUAGUAGUUCCGUUUAUGAGCUGUCUUAUUGUUAAUGUACUGGAACCACUUAUGAAAGCCACUCUUAGUACCAGAGAUGUGAAACAAAUCUGUGUUACGGUCAUCAUAGACUAUUUCGAAAUGCUCCUGUAAUCGCUCUCUCUGCACUUUUUACAGACUGAUGCAUACAAGCGACUGCCUGGAUAAGAGGCUGUAUCCUCUCCUCACACAUAAGCACAGGGUCCUCACCAAGAAGUGUGCUGUUUGCCAUGUUUAUAUCGGGAGGUGUGUUAAACAGAAAGUAGCAGUGCCUAAAUAAAUUCUUGUCCUAAAACCAUAACAUAAAAUUCUAAAACUAUAUUUUAUUUUUCAGAUGGUUUACCACUAACGACCAGUUUGCCCCAAGUAACCCAUGCCUCUUCUGCGACAAGUGCUUCCGGCUGCUGCAUUAUGACGCUCAAGGAAAAAAACUGGGAGAUUUUCUGGCCUACCCCUACGUGGACCGUGGCGCUUUUAACUAAAGCUAGUCUUUAAGGGAAGUGCUCAUAUCAUUGAUUUAAAUGCUGUAUAAUACAGUAAAAUGUUACAUAUUUCAAAUAGAAAUGUUUUGAAAAUAAGGAAAUCUGCUUUUUCCUUUGUUUUUAAAGGAGAAACCAAUUUUUGGACAAAAAUGUGACUUUCUGGGGUUGAAAUAAAGUUUGAUUUACAGGAGUCUGUUUUACCUCGGCCUUGCAUGUCUUAUUAUCUCCGCCAAGGAGGUGAUGUUUUUGUUAGCGUUGGUUUUUUUGUCUGUUAGCAACUUUACAGAGAAAGUAACAGACGGAUUGACGUGAAAUUUUCCAGUCUUUAGUAAAAAAUUACACAAAAGGAUCUCAAUGAGUUUUAUGAGGUGUCAAAGGUUGAUCCUGAUCCAGACAAAAUUCCAGAUACUGUGAUUCAGAACACACAAAAAUAAGGGUGUCGUUGGAAUUUUCAAUGCUGAAAGAUAACCAAUGAAGAUACAAGGAAGUGUACGCUUACAAUUAUUGCAUAAUAAAUCAUGCAUUUAUGUAUCUAAUAUUAGCUUUGUUGUUUUAAGAACAUUAUGAACAGUGAACAAACCAGUUUAAACACAAAUAAAAGUUAAUAAAAGACAUGUAACAGUAAAA